UAUGAACACAAUUUAGGCAGAUUGGCCGGAAACGCGGACCAUUUGGGAACGCCUGACCGACAUACGUUUCCGCCCGACGGGAAACCCCGCGUGCUGCGUCUCACCCGAGUACAUAACACUAUCGCCGUUGCACGCUCGUUCCAUCUCUAUCGUUCACGCGCGCGCUCACCCGUCCCGUCCCCCCGAGCAUUUCGCAUGAAUGGGAACGCUUUUCGGAAGGAAGGACGGACACACACAAACCAUGAAUCAAUUACUUUUUUGAAUGAAACGUCGUUGAUGAAUUGGCGGCGGACGUGCACCGGGUUUACGCGAAAUGACGAUGGCCGAUGGGAAGCCGAACUUCAGGGUCGUGGAGAGACUAAAGAUCAAAAUCGGUGAGUGGUUUUCUCUCGUUUUUCGCGCAAUUCUUUUUGGGGCCAUCUUUUUUGGUUCCUCCUAUGUUUCCGCUGCUAUCCCCGUGUGGAGACCUCUCAUAUGCUCCUAUUAAUGAAGACCUGUUAACCCAAAUUUUUGCUGAACAAAAAUCAUGAAUGACCAGUAUUUUGUUUGUGUUUAGGUGAUGCUAAGAAUUUGGGCAAAGGACACUCGACACUUAGAGACGGACAUUGUACGAUUACACUUGAUCAAGAAGAAAUAUUCCGUACUGCCACUAUUGAAAAAGCAAUUGAGUGAGUACCAAAAAAACGUUUGUUUAAAAAAUUUUAAUGUUAUUUUGAAAAUUAAUAUUCAGUCGACAUGCCCUUGUAAUAGAAACCAUUGGUACACUGGGUCGUGUAGGAUUUAUUACAUUUAUAAUGUUUCCUUAUACUCUUUAUUAAUACUAAUUAUUUUGUUGAAAAUAGAAUCAUUUUGUAAUACCUAAUUAUGUUAUAUACUUUUAUAGUAGGUAGUAAGUAUAAUAUCAUAGUUUUAAUUGUUUAAUUAAUAAGAAACAUAUUUCAAUUUCUUAUUAACCAUUUAAAAACAUAUAAUUUAUCAAGAUAACUUAUAAAUUAUAUAGUAUACUUCAAUUGGGCUGAUUUAGUAUUAUAGUACCUAUCUUAAUUAUACUUAUAUUAUUUUGUCAUUAUUAAAAGUUUUAAUUGUAGAUUUACCUAGUAUUUCAUAAUGUGUUAAAUGAUAUAUAAUAUAUAUAUAUAUAUAUAUAUAAAUAUUAAUUUGUAGCCAUCUAUUUGUAUUUUAAAACAUGUUCUUAUAAUGUAUAAAUAACAAGUAUUUAAAAUUUUUAUCAAAAAAUAAAAGUACAAAUUUAUAAUUUAUAAACUUUACAUACUUGCUUGUUAUCUCAAAUUAAAAUAAUUAAACCAAUUGAUUUGAUUUAAAAUUUAAUUGGAUCAAUCUAUUCUGAACAAUAUUAUCAAUUACAGUGGUAUACUUGGGAGUAAUGAAGAUGAUAAAGGAGAUAAAUAACUUCCUAGGAAAUUUUUUUUUUCACUACGCAUUUUGCAAAAAUUACUAAUUUUCAUUAUUUCAUUUAUUACAGGAAAAUAAAAAUAAACUAAAAAAUAUUUAUCAAAUUAAUAGGUAAUGAAACAUAGCAAUCACAAUCUCUGUUAUUUUUUUAUUAAUUACCUGAAAUUGUCAAUUAUUUUUAUUAAAAAAUGUAUAUAGUUAUAUUCUAAAAACAAGUUAAGUCAUAAAACAUAUUUAUUUAUACAUACAUAUCAAAUAUUUUAUCUGAUAAUGAAUACUAAAAGUAUAUUACUUAAGUGAAAAACAUAAUCUUUUGUACAACUUGUCCUAAAUAAUAAUUUUAUAUAGGUACCUAUAUCAUUUUUUAUCUCAUUACAAAAAUGUAUAAUUUUUAUAUUACUUGGUUCAUUAAUAUUACCUUGAUUAUUACUUAUUAAAAUAAAAUACAUAAUAAUUAACCUUCCUUAAAAUCGGAGCUUUGUGGUAUAUAUUAAUUUAAAAAAAGAUAUUUAAUAGCCAUAGAUACUCUAUGAUUGUGUUCAUACGUAAUAAGUAUUAAUGGUUUGUUUAUAUUCUGAGUAAAUUUUAAACCUAAAAGAUUGUUCUUCUCUGAUUCAAACAAUGUUUGCAAUAUUACUGUAAUUUUUCGUUUCAAGAUCUAAAGAUGUUUUGGAACUAUAAUUCACAUUAUACAAUUUUGUAUUGAUUAUAUUGAACUUAAUAAUGUAACAUCAAUUCAGGAAUGCAUAAUAUCAUUCAAUCAAAUUUAUUUAUUGAACCAUUUGGGUUAAAACCCUUCUUAUUGGAAGAUUUAUUGAUUUAUAGAAUCAAUACGGUUAUUAGUAAAUUGGUUUAGUGAUCUAUUUAAUAAUAAUACAUACAUUCAAUAAUUUACUACGGAUCUAUUAAAUAUUUAACAAAUGUUUAUGCAACCUGGCCUUAGAAGUUAUUAUCUAAUGAAAUACAAUAUAACUUAAUUAUAAUCACGGUGUUUUAAUUUCAUACGUUUUUUUAUAUAUAUUUUACUAAUUUAAUUGAGGUUGUAAUUUAUGUUAAAAUAGUUUCUUCCAAGCAACAUUUUUCAUUUAUUAAAUAUACUUACAUAAAUAUUGGCAUUAAUUUUUAUUCAAAAUUUGAAACUUCAAUUAAAUUAUUAGUUCUGGCCUCUAUUGGAUAUUAUUUUUCAAAUUUUUUUAAAUAUUGAUAUGUGCCUCCGUGGUCAGACGAAAACAUAAAGUAUAAAAAUAAAAUUAAUAUUUAUCAGCAUUUUUAAUGUGUUGAAUAUUAAUUUUAUUUUAAAUACUCAACUUAAUAAUGUAAUAAUUUAAUAAUUUAUACCAAAUUUAACCAGAAUAUUUAAAUAUAUCGUAUAUUAUUCAAGUGUAUUAUAAUAGUAAGAAAAUUUAAACAUUUUAUACAUUUAUCAAAUCAUUAUCAUGUGGAAACCAAUUAUAGGAAACCAAAUUAUAUUUUGGUUUCCUAUAAAAGAAAUAUCAAAAUUCUAAUUUUUAAUGAUUAAAAUUUAAUAAGACAUGACUAUUAUUUUGAUCAAUAUAAUUUAAAAUAUUUUUUCAUUUGUAGAUUUGUAACUAAAAUUAAAAAUUCCUAUACAACUUUAUUUGAUAUUUUAUAAUAUUUUUGACAUUAAGUUUAAAAAACUAAAUAGUUUUAACUUUUAAUCUGGCAUGAAGUACAUAAAACACAUUCAUUGUCAUUGUUUAUACAAAAAUAACAUAAACAAUAAAAAAAAAAAAUCUGAAAAAUAAAACUUAAACAUAAUGAUAAUGUAAACUUAUUAUAAAGAUACUUAAUUUAUAGAUUGUGUAUAACAAAUAAAAAUUCCAUAAAAAAUACUGUAUACUAAUAUUAUAUGGUUAUUAUUAAAUUUUACUUUAACCAGCCUUGAUAUUAUGUAAACACAUUUGUAUUAGACUUUCAAUUUUUAGAUUUUGUGUGUACCAAAAAAUCAAUUGAUUUUAUCAUGAUACAAAGUUUUUUUUUCUACAUUUUUACAAUUCGAUCAGACAUUUUUUCUCUGAUCAUCAACAAAUAAAGUGGUUUCUGGUGACAAAUUUUAUUGGAGAGGUCAUUUUUUUUAUUUUUCUGCUUGUUUUGUCAAUGAUAUCAAUAGUACCGUAAUAUUUAUUAUUUAAGCAAUAACAAUUUUUGUUAUCUAUUUUUUUUUUGGAAUUUGUUGAAAAUGAUUGUCCUGAAAUUUUCACUGAUUAUUUAAGUACUUUCUAGACACGCACUAUUUUUAUACAUUCUAAUGUUUUUGAAUUACCUACUAUUUAUUGAAACCGUAUGAUUUUUUUUUUUAUUAUGUAAGUAUACAAUUUUGUAUCUAAAAAUUCACGAACAUUUUAAGCAAGGCUCAUCAUAAUAUGUUCUUGUAUUAAUAAAAAAUAAAUGAAAUAUCAUUAAGUGUUUAUAGUUUAGAUUUUUAUACAUUUUAAAAAUCUGAAACUUUUAUCAAAUAAAAUUAUUAAUAAUUUAUUUUACAUAAAUGUUUUAAAUUAAAACUUAUGUUAAAAUUUGUUUCAAAAUAAUUUAUCUGAAUAUUUUAAUUAAACUUUACUCAGAAUCAUAAUGAGUUUGAAUGAUUUUUUUUUCAUGCAAAUAUAAAUUAAUGUAUCUUAUAAUAUAUCCUAACUUCGUAUCAUAUAUUUUAUUGAUUGUAUAGAAAAAGUUUUAAAUGGGUACCUUUUUUAGAUACAAAUUUUGCUUCUAUAAAUAUAAUAAGUAACAGCUAAUACUUAUUUUGAUUGAACUUUGUAUAAAUUAAGUUUAAUUAAAAUUAUUUAGUUUUAAAUUCUGAGUGGAGCGAGGAAUGUAUUGGUUUUACAAUGAUGUUUAAUUUUUUUUUAUGUGAACACUUUCUAUCAGAAAGCAUACUUCAAUUAUCAAGUAUAGCACCUUUUCUAAAAGGAAAUGUUCCCUGAGUUACUUUAGAGAGGUCAUUUUUUGAAAUUCUUAUUAAUAUUUAAGAUAAUGAGGAAAACCUGGUUCUUUAAGAUAAAGAAGAUUGAAAGAUUAAAAAUAAGGUGGUGUCAUUGGCAACAGUUUUUAUUUAUUUUUUGUUAUUAUUAAGUUUUUAUUAUUUUAAUCUUGUUUAAACAAUUAUUGUUGUCAUGAAAACACACUAUACUUUAACAUGAUAUAUAUUAUUGACAAAGCAUCACUAUUAACUUAAUUUAGUUCAGAAUCGUUUUUUUGUUAGCUAUGAUUUAUCGUUGUUUACAAAUUUACAUUAAAUUCCCUUCUCUAUUUUACCCUCCAAGCUCCCCAUCUACAACAGUGGCUCGCGUACAAAGUUGUCCAUACUUCAUUGUUUUCAUUUUUUUUACCUAAUAAAUAGUUAUUACUAAGGUCUGGAUUUAUAUACAAAUGCACAUUCUACUACAAUUCAAGUAGAAUAAUUGUGAUUAAAAUUCUCAAAGUUUCAUUUUGUUGAGAUUCUAUGUUUAUUUAUUUUAUUUUUCUUUUGUAUUUUUUCGGGAUAGUUGCAUAAAUGUUGUAUAUUUUACAAUAUUAUUUAAAACCUGGUAUUUCCUAUAAAAACAUGACAUUUGAGCAUACAAAUGACUUUCCUAAAGGCUACAUCAUGCUGGUACUCAUCGUAUAUAAGAAUUUAAUGUAAAUAAUAUUAGUAAUUAUUUCAAACACAAUGCAAUAAAUCAUAAUUCAUGAAAUAAUUUUUUUCUAAUUUGUUUUAAUAAAUUUUUUUACAUAUUUAAACAAAUGUAUAUAAUCUAAAUAGGUUGUCUAAUAUUUUUACUAUAAAUCGUAUACUUUAGUCAUUUUGAAAAAAAAAAUGUUUAUUUUUGCAUGUACAUCUGGGCCCUAGUUAUCACUUAUUACUUUUUAACUAAAGACAAAUCUGGUAAUACGUAGUAUAAUACCCUGAUAAUGUUGAUUUCUAUGAUAAAGUCAUGCAUAUUUGAAUCUAAAAAAAAAUCAAAUAGGUAACAUAAUUUGUUUUUGAAAUAAACAACAAUAAUAAUAAAUAACCUAAAUAUUAUUUUCUUAGACGUGUAAUUUACAAAUAACAAUUUUUAUCGAUACCUAAUUGAACUAAAUAUUUAAAACCUUAAACAUCUAUAUUUAUUACUCAAUACCUGUUUUUUUUUUUUGUUUUUUUUUUAUUAUUAUUAUUAUUAUUAUUAACCAAACAAUUUAUUUGUUAAUAUUAUUUAUGAUAAUUAUAAUAGUAUAGUAUACUGGUAUACAGAUUGAUAGCUUCAUUGUCAAUACUUAUAUAAAUAUUCUUAUUUUGGAUAGUUAAAAAAGUUUUUCAAAUUUAUAAAUUAAUUAUUAAUCUACAUUUAAAUGAUUUAAUGUAUUAAAUAAAAUUACAUUGAUAAUAUGUUGAAAUACUCUAAUAUGUUCUAUAUCUAAAAUAACAUAGGUAGACAUUUUGAUUAAAUAAUUUAUAUAUCUACUUAGUUUUUCAAACUACCUAAAAUGAUUACUAACUAUUACUAUUUCUUUGGGUACUUAAAUUAUGUGUAUUUUAACCUAUAAUUAAAUAUUUUUACUCUCCUACAUUUUGAAAAUACUUUUUUCUUGGUUUGUUAAAAAUCAUUAUUCUUAUUUUCAUAAUAUAAUAGCACUAGUUACAAAUGUUAUACAUAAAAUAUUUUUUACUCUGCAUUCUAAGUUCAAACAUAAUAAUAUUACCUACCUAUGUUUAAUACUUUAUUCUCACCAUAUGGUAUAUGUUUAUUUUUUAACUUGGUAAACUAAUUCCCAUGGUCUCUCUUUAAUUAUGUAUUACUUAUUUAUUUUUGACCACUUAUUGUUAUAAUUAAUUUUUUUUUUUAGUCCAUUUUGGGGUGAAGAAUUUGAGUUUGAGAUACCUCGUCGUUUCCGUUACCUAGGUGUAUGUGUUUAUGAACGAGACAGGCCAUUAGGAAGAGUUACUGUUCGGCGGGACCAAUUAACAUCAUUUAAUGACAAGGAUCACUGGUUCCCUUUACGUCCACUGAAUGUUGAAUCUGAAGUACAGGUAUUUAAUGUUAUUCAUUAAAAUCUAAUAUAGAGUACACACCACUCACCUAACUAGUAUCUAUGAAUUAAUUACCUAAUGAUUAUGGAGUUUAGAUUUAUUGUAUUGAAAUAUGCUCCUUUUUUUAUGAAUUUGGAGGUGGGUCGGCAUUGUUUAUUGGGCGAAAAAAACAAUAAUAAUUAUUAAGAACAAAAUAGUUUAUGCCCUAAAGUAAAUUAAUAAAAGCUGCAUAGCUAAAUUUUAAAAUUAUAGUGAUAUCCAUAUUAUUAACAACAUAAUUCUAAUUUUAUUUUUCAACUUUGGGUAUAAAAAAAUCAUAGUUAUUUUUUUUUUUUGCAUUUUCUGUACUCUAGUUUAUCAUAUCUUUUUACUCCAUAAACUUAUUAUUAUAUAUAUGUAGUAUAUAACAAUAAACGGUUCAAUAAAAAUAAAACUUACUGGUUAAUACAAUUGUAUCAUAUCCGUGUAUCAUUUACACGUUUUGAAAUUUUUCAUGUACCACUUGGCUUAAUAAUUUUUUUUUUUUCACUUAUUCAAAAACAAAAUGUUAGGUAUAUGCUAUUUCAUACGUAUGGAACAUUUUAUUAUUGAACCUACAUAAUUAAGAGCAUUUAAUGCAUAUUAGUAAAAUUAAAUAUGUAUGUAUAGUUAUUAUUUGUAUUAUUAUUUAUGAAUUAAUGAACUACAUUAUAACUAAUUACUAUUUUUUUUCACUUAUCAAAAAAUUAAUUCACCUACGAGCUUUCCAUGUAUCACAGGUUAGAAACCUCUGAGUUAAUAUAUUCAUUUUCAUUUAUCAGUUAUUAUAUAUUAAAUAAUAUAUAUUUUGUAUACGGAAGUUGUAUAAACACUAAACAUGACAAAUUGAUUUAAAAUUUCAAUUCAUAACAUUUAAAUCUAUAAAUAUCAGGUAUUAUAAUUCUAACAAGUCAAUAAAGGAAAUUCAAUUUAAUGAGUUCAAUUUUAAAUUAAUGUCUCCCAGAAAAACAAAACAAAUGAUUUCAUUUUCAUAUCAUAAUACUGGAAAUCUUUUAAGAGUUCUUUAAAUGUGAAUUUCUUAUAUCCAACUUCCUCCCAUUAAUUUGUUUCUGUAUGAAAAUGUUCAGAUUUCUGAGUGCAGUAGAUUCGGUAGUUAAUUGCACAUAGAUAAUUUUAUUUUAUUUUUUAUGCAAUAUUAUCUAUAUUAUUUAUAAUAUAUAAUUUAAAAAUAUUUCCUAUGUCCGGACCAAAAUGAGUAGAUGACCAACUGUGCAGAAUUGAGGCAUUGCUCAAUAAUUUCUUCAAUUAGUAUUUAGGAGCAUACAUAAUUGUCACACCAUGUUCCAUUGAACCAUGUAAAAUUAGUUCUUUAUUGUGCAAGAUGUAUAAUACUAUUAGAUAUACAGCUAAAUCAAUUUCGAUUCAUCAAUGCAUUGAUAUAUUGAUUUUUAUAAUAUAUUUUAUAACUAAUAAUUUCUAAAAGUAAGGGAUUUUAAAAAAAAGUUACCGAUAAGGUACUAUCAAUCGAAAAAAUGUGUAACUUAUUGAGGUUUGUAUGAAAAAAAUGGAACCAUUUUUUUUUAACCGUAAAAGUAUUUUUUGAGAAAAAAAAGUACCACUGAUAUUUUUUAUAGCGGCCAACAUUCUAUGUUCUAUAGGUAUAUAAUUUUAAGACGAGUGGUACUAUCCUUAUUCUAUAUUGUAGUUAUUUGAGAGCCGUUUAUAUUUAUCACAUUCUAGUUGUUUCAAAGACGUGGUCGAAACCGUGAUUUUGAUACAUUUCUGCUGCCAUCAUAUCUAUCAAAAAUAAAAUAAAAAUUAUGGUAUCGAUAUUUCAGAUAAUAUCAUUAAUAUUUGCGCAAGUCUAUCUCCAGCAUGCUUGAUGGCCACAAUAUUUUCAUAGACUAGUCUCCUCAUUCUGGUGCACAUAAAUUUGCUGAAAUAUAUUACUUUUCAAUUAAUUAUAGCCCCCCAUUCUGGCGUGAGUUAAGUACAAAAAAAAAUAAUUUUAGACAUCUAUCUUAAACCCAAAGUACAAAGUACAAAUAACUUUCAUUCUACAAUUAUCCUUCAAUUUAUCCAUUCAUUAAAAUCGAGUAUAUGUAUCUGUCUAAUGCCUAUUUAUUGUUAUUACAAUAUGAUUUUCACUUCAGCAAAAUAUUAACUGUAUUUAUGUUAAAUAAUAUUAUGUUCACAAAUAUUUGUGCAUCCAAACAUAAUUUAAUUUUUUAGUUAAUGGAAUAUGAAUCAGAAAAACUGGUUGCAAAGAUAACGUGUACAUGUACCUGCAAUCAUUUUAUUAUAGAACUUAUAUACAGAAUAUCUAUUUUUAUGCUAAUUAAAAAUUGAACUUGCAGUCUGCUGGUUGCCUACCCCUGAUUUAAAGUAUAGAUAAACAUUUUACAAGUUGUAUUAUUAAUUGUAUAAUAAUUUUCAUUCCAUACUGUUUAUAGUUGUAUGUGCAUGAAUUAUUUCUGAUGUGUAUUAAUUACUUUCACCUAAAUGGAUACAAAAAUAAUUUGUUUUAAUAUAAAAUUAAAGUUUUUACAAAAUUGUGUUAUUUAGGGAAAAAUUCAUAUUGAAAUAGAAUUUUGUGAAAGCCGAGGUAGACUAAAUGUACGCUUAAAUGAAGCAUGUGAAUUAGCUAUUACAAAUGGAAAUUGUGAUCCAUUUGCUGAUGUUACUGUUCGAUAUACAAAUGAUAAAACAGAAACACAAAGGACGAAAGUCAAGAAAAAGACUAAUUCACCUGUAUUUGACGAAGCUUUUGCCUUCACUGUAAUUUUUAAUUUAAUUUAUUAAUUAUUUAUAAAAAGUGAACAAAUACUUUAUGUGUGUAUUUAUUGUAGCUUCCUGGUUUGGGUGGAAUUCCUAAACAGCAUUUAUCUGGUCAAUCUCCUACUGCUGAUUGGGCUGAGCUUAUAGUUACACUUUAUCAUGAAAUAUCCGGCAGCAAUACUGUAUUUUUGGGUCAAGUAAUCAUACCAUUACAAGGAAGACCUGUUAGUGCAUGGUUAGUAAAACUGCUAAUUUACUUUAAAAAUCAUUAUUAAUUUAUUUUUUUUUUUAUUUAGGUACUUUCUACAACCACGAAAUAGAAAAUCAAGUCUCAGGGAAGACCAAAGUAGUAAUUAUCCAAGUGUUGGGUCUUUGCGUUUAAAAAUUCACUAUACAGCUGAUCAUGUUCUACCAUCCCAUAAUUAUGAACGUCUUAAACAUUUACUAAUGAAUAGUCAUUCAGUUCAGGUGGGUUAUCUAAUAUAAUUUGAUUAGGAUAAUUUGUUAUAAUUAAUUAAUUAAAAUAAAUGUAAUAACGUAGCCGAUAACUGCUAGUACAGUUUACCUUUUGGGAGAAAUAAUUCCAAAUAAAAUAGAUUCUGCUCAACCUCUUGUACGUAUUUUGCUACACCAUGGGCAAAUUGUUCAGACAAUCAGAUCCCUUGCAAUUUGGGAAAUAUCAAAAGUUACGUAAGUUACUUAAUAAUAAUACAAAUUAAAAAUAAUAUAUUUCUUAAACUUUAAUUUAUUUUAGUGAUGCAAAUACAAUAUUUCGUGGUAACUCUAUGGUAUCUAAAAUGAUGGAUGAAUCUAUGCAUAUAUCUGGAAUGAGGUACUUACAUGAAACUUUAAGGCCACCAAUAGAGAGAUUACUGGCUGAAAGAAGGCCUUGUGAAAUUGAUCCAAAUAGAGUUAAAGAAUCCACAGUUAUUGAACAUAAUUUUGCUAACUUACAAGUGAAAAAUAAUUUUAUAUAAAAAUACCUAUAUUAUUGCAAAAGUUAAAAAUUAUUUUUUAACAUUGAAUUAUAAUUUUGGUUUUAGAUUUAUGUAGAAGAUGUAAUCAAAGCUAUUACUACAUCAGCUCUAAAAUGUCCAACUGUAAUGUGCCAAUUAUUCCAUACACUUAAAGAAGUAGCCAUAACAUUUUUUCCAGGUAAUUUGUGUUAUUCCUUAGUAGUAUAUUAUGAAUAAUUGUAAAUUUGUUUUAGAAAAUAAAGAAAUCAAGUAUUCUGUUGUGUCUGGAUUUAUAUUUUUAAGAUUUUUCGCACCAGCAAUAUUAGGACCCAGACUUUUUGAUCUCACAAAAGAACAAAUUGUAUGCUUUGAUUACUUUUAGGCUAUUACCAUUUUUGUCUUGAUUUUAUUAAUUAUAGAAUAUUGUUUUUUGUCAGGAUUCUCAAACAAACAGAACACUUACACUGGUAUCAAAAACUAUCCAAAGUUUAGGAAAUCUUGUUUGUUCAAGAUCAAAUUUUAAAGAAGAAUAUAUGCAGCGAAUGAUUCAAGCUGUUUAUACUGAACAAAAUAUUACUGCAGUUAGACAAGUAAAAACAUUUAUUAUAAUUAAUUAUUUUUCUAGUAUUCACAUAUUAUAUGUAUAGUUCUUAGAAAUUAUUUCUGCCUCUGCUGGUCCAGCACAAUGUACACAGGACACUCCUGUUACGCUCAAAGAAGGGUAAUUAUAUUAUAUUUUUUAUUUUAUUAAUAUUCAUAUAUUCUCCCAUUAUUGUUGAAUAAUGGUAAAAUAUAUUUUAGCUUUCUAAGGAAAAUUACUACAUGGUAAGUAAUGUGUAAAAUUAAAGAACUGAUGUAUAUAAUUUACAAAGUUAUUUGUUAAACUUAUUAUGCUCUAUUUCACAUUAUAUUUUCUUGAUUUAUUUGUAUUAUUAUUUAUACAGUAUGUAGCAGAAGUACUAAGACAUUAAGCAUGACAAUUAUCAUUUGUUAUAAAACCAUACCAACUUGUAAUAUAUAUAAUUGAACUAAACUAAUAAUUUAGUUAAGUUGUUUUGGUUUUGUAAUUUGAGCUAUUACAUUUAUUUAAUUAAUCUAUAUAAUAUUUCCCAUUUCAGAUUUUUCGGGUUUUUUUUUUUUUUUUUUAAUGAUAUUUUUAGUUUUGUAUUCUGGUGCAGAAUAUUUCCCUGAAUUUAAUGGUACCAAUAUUCAAGCACAUAAAAAUUGAUCUAAUAAAGAGUAUGUAAAAAUAUAACUUAAUUAUAUAUUGUUAUUGCAUUUUUAAUGCACAUUCAUGUUAUAGUUUCAAAAAAAAAACCCCCAGUAAAAUAAUUAGGUUUUUCUUAAAACAGUUGUGCCACUGAAGCUCCCCAAUCUAAAUGCAAACAAUACAAUUUCUAAAUCUUCUAUCUAAUAAGACACAAUUAGGGUUCUGCAAUGAUAUUUUUUAUUGUUUUUAAAAAAAAUAUUGUGAUAUUUCAUUUAAAAUUAACAAAUUUGAAAUAAUAUGAGUAGUAUGAUUAAAGUUAAGAUAGUUGUGUUAUCAGUUAUCACUAUAUUUUUUAAUAUUUAUUAUCUUUUUUUUUCUAUAAAAUUAAUAUUCAGCAAAACAAACCUUUUGAAUACUGCAUUUUCGUUAGAAUACUCUUUGACAAAUUUAUUCUGUUUUUAUAGUCUUAUAAAAAUACCUUUACAUAUUUUGUAUUUCCACUCCAUAGAUACUUUUUUGAAUAAUACUAAAAACAGUUUCUUUUUAUUGUUAUUAGUUCAAUUACAAUCUAAUUUGAAUCCAAAAUGUUUUCACACAUUACUCCUAGCUACGAGUAAAGAACCAAAUACAAUAACUUGAACAUUAUUUUAACUUUGUAUUUAUACUAAAAGUUGUAAUUACAUAUUUAAGAAAUUAUAAUUUAUAUUACGUUCAAUUAUGUAUAUACUCUGUUUAAUUAACCCACAUAUAAACAUAGAAUUAAAUAAUAUUAAUGAUGAUAUUGAUAUACAUCAUCUAAUAAAUAUUAGAUAUUAGAUAAUUAACUUAACAACAUGUGACAUAACAAAUUUAUCGUUGCUGGCCACUUCUGUAUAAUUUUUUUUAAAACUAAUUUUGUUUAUUUUACUAAUUAACAUACCUAUAUUAUUGGUUAUAUUAAAAUUUUAAUGAAAUUUUACUCAUCUUUAUAAAAACAAGAAGCCUAAGAAAAACCUCCAGUAUUAAGUCUUUAGGGUACCAAAAUUGGUUUUUCGGGGUUUGUAAUAUUAAAUAUUCAUUUAAUUUGAAAAUGUUGAUUUUAUAAGAAGUUCAGAAAUAUUCAAUUUCAUAAAUAAAUGUUUAAAAUGGUCAUAUUUAAAUAAAACACUGCUCAGAGUAAACAUUAUAUCUUGUCUAAACUAUGUAUGUAUAUAUACAUUUAUACAUGUAUGUAUAUGAUUGUAUACAACUUAUUGUAUUUAUUAUAUGUUUUAAUCAUUGAAUCUAAUAGUGCUGAUUGUAUAUCACUAAUUGAAUAAGUACAAUUUAAAAAUCAUUAUGGGAUCAAAAUAAUAUGUUUAGAAAAAAGAAUUUAAGAUUCUAAUUAUACUAGAAAUUCAUAAAAUCAACAUUUCUUAUAGGAUGUUAACUAAACGAGCUCAAGGUCGUAACAAGUUUGGUAGAAAAAAUUUUAAGCAACGCUACUUUAAAUUAACCACACGAGACUUAUCCUAUGCUAAACAAAAAGGUAAAUACAAUUUAAAAUUAUUUAAUGUUUAAUUAAUAUACUAAUAUUAUUCGUUUCUAUUGAUUAAGGUAAAGAAUCCCUUUGCACAAUAACACUUUCAGACAUAUUAGCUGUUGAACGACUCCAACAAGAAUCAUUUAACAAAAAUAAUAUGUUCCAAAUAAUUCAACCUGAGCGAAUUUUAUAUAUACAAGCCAAUAAUUGUGUAGAAGAAAAAGAGUGGGUUGACUUACUAACUAAAAUGUGUUUUUCAAAUAGCAAACGGCUUACCUUAUAUCAUCCAGCUGCUUUUAUUAAUGGCACUUGGCUUUGGUAAGUAAAUUAUACAUUGUUAAUUUGUUAUAAUACUAUAAUAUGUUUCCUUGUAAAAUAUUGAUUAAUGGAAAUUAAAAUUAAAUUGAAGGAAUUCACAUAAUAUGAACAGAAAAUGCUAAAACUAUGUCUGUAUUUGGAAAUAUAAUUUUUUUUUUUUUUAACUAUUCUAAUUAGUGUAAUGCAGUUCUCACUGUGACAAUUAUUUAAUGAUUGGUAUUUAUUUACUUUUAGUUGUAAAUCUAAUAUUGAAAGAACCACAGGCUGUCAAGAAGUAUCAACAUCUGUCGACCAUAUACAAACUAGUAGUGUUGAUGUCGAUAGAGAGCUUUCUAGAAUACAUGCUCUUUGUGUGGCUCAUAUUGACAGAUUUGAUAGUGUACUAAGUGAGUUUAUUAACUUACAAUUAUUUUUUAUAUAUUGAAAUAAAAUAAAUUAUAUGUUUUUACUUGGCUUCUUAAAUUUCAAAUAGUUUAUUAUUGCCUUCAAAUAAAAUUGUUUAGUUUAUAUUCUGCAGUUAAUACAAAUAUAAAUUAAUAAAUUAAACUAAAUAUUUGUGUCAAGAAGCUUAGUUCAUUCUUACCGUUAUAAUAGUUACCAAAAACAUUUAUUUGUAUUUAGUUUGCAUAGGUUUUUCUCUAUGCAAGUAUGUUCUGCUCUUAUUUAUGAUUUAAUAAUAUCUUAUAAUUAUUUAUAUUUACAGAAGCAUGUGAGUGCAAAGCUGUUUAUCCAGGUGACAGAUUAUGUCUCCCUAUACUAAUUGAAGAUCCAAAAACUACGUUUAUAACCUUAUCUACUUUACGAGAAAUAAUAUAUACACUAGAACAAGAGCAUCGGACAGUUUUGAGAACUAUUGCUAGAGAAACUAAAUAUGGCAGCAAGUAUGUAACAUGUAACCAAAAUGAUAAACCAUUUAUUAUAUUAUUUUUUUUUUUUUUUUUAGACAAGCACCAAUUGGAGAUGAUAAUUACUUGCUACUUGCUGGACGAAAAGACCUUAGUGCCCAUCAUCAGCAAAAAGUUUGGUAGCAUACAUUUAAAAGAUCCCGUUCAAUUUAAAAGGGAUUAAAUAUAAAAAAAAAUUGUGAAAAAUCUACAUGAUUUAUAUAAAAAUGUAAUUCAGUAAAUAAUUAAUAUUAUUAAUAUUUUAAACCUAUCCUUAUGUUUAAAAAAAAUGACAAUUCUCAAAUUUUACAAAGAAAAAUUAACCAAUAGAAUUAAUGUUAUGACAUUUAUAGUUUUAUACAUGCUUCUCCAUUAACAAAAACCAUUGUGCCAACAGUAAUUAACACCCUUGUGUUCAUAUAAUAGUAUUUAUAUUACUUAAGUAUGUGUAUAUAUAUUUUUUCUUUAUUAUUAUUUUUUCUUUGGCAGCUUAUAUUUUUUUACGAAUUAUCUUUCUCUAAAUCAUUUUAAACUUACCAAAUUAAUUGUUUAAGUGUUUUAUAUAGUUUAAAAAGCAAUUCAUUAAUGUAAAACUUGGUGAUUAUCAUAAUAUAUCUGUUAGGGGAUAUUGUAUGUAUGUAUGUGUGUAUAUGUAUGUAUGUAUAUAUACAUAUACACAUACAUAUCGACUUCACAUUCCCUUUGUUUUCUUCUGUACAAAAUUAUAUUAUAAUAUUAUUAAUGUAUAGUAUUUAUUAAUGAAAAUUAACAGGUUUUUCCCAUCUUUUUAUCUAUUGAGUCGAUUGUACAUUUUUCGAACACCAACAAUGUUGUGAUUGUUUAUUUUUAACCAGAGACACCAAAUUAUUGAAUUAAUGUUUAAGAUAAUAUUUUAAAUUUUGUUAAUAUUCUCUAAAAGAAAAAAAUGACUAAUAUAAUAUUAACUUUUAGAUGUGUUAAUGUUUGAAAUAUUCUUUUUUUUUUUAAGUCUUCCUAAUUUUAAAGAAUUUAUAAUUUUUAGUUACCCCAACAAAUCCAACUGAUUUCUUAUACGCAUUGCACAUACAUUAAUUAUGUAUGUAUGUAUUCUUUUUUUUACUAUAAUUUUUUUUUUUUACUUGAACAUAGAGCGUAUAACAAUUUGUUAUUAAUUUAAUGUUAAAUGUAUCAUUGAUUAAAGCAUUUAUUAUCAUUUUCAUAGUACAAAAUAUAAUUGUACAAAAUUUUGUCCUGAAGAAAGAACACUAUAUAUAUAUAUAUAUAUAUUAUAUAUAAUAGUUUAUUAUUAAUUAUGUAUACGUACAUUCAUGUCAUGUUAUACUUCCGCUUUUAGUUUUCGUG